GAUCGUACAGUCGUGUGUCGUGUUUGAAAAUUAUGGCUUAAAAUAAAAAAAAUAAAAAUCUUAUGUUCUAUCCUAAUAUUAUGCGAGUGAAAUCGCUUAAUAUACUUGUGCAAAUUAAUCGGUGUGGUGUUAAUAUCGUGAAGUAAAGAAAUAUAAUUGAUAUGUGGUCAUAAAUGGCGAUAAUAUCGGUUUAUUUGUGUGUUAUGUUGUGAGCGAGCGAUGGAUCGUCGGUGUUCACAAUCGGUCCGGACGCUAAUUUUCGACGAUUCGGACUCUGAUUUACCGAACAUCGGUAAGAAAAAGGAUCUAUCGUCGACGGGGGCUCCUUCAUCUUUAAAUCAAAGUGCUGAAGAUGCCAGUAAGGGGUUGCGAAGUAAUCUCCUGCGCAUGCGCAGGUCAGCACUUGGCAAAUCUGCCCCGGCGCUCUCAGUCCAUGUGAAGGAACAAUGUGCUGUGUCGCGACGCCCGUCCCGGCUGCCACCCCCUCCGCCACAUCACAGGCUAUCGUUGGUGGUGGGUUCAGGACGGUGCAGUUCCCCUGGCACGGGUCCACUGUCUCCGGCGGAGGGCCCGCGCUGGCCGCACGCUCACCACGCCCAUCCUCUGCAUCACGCUCUUUUGUCGUCUAGCGUCAAACGCGGCAAGGAGAUAGAUGGCAGAAGAUGGUCAGUGGCGUCGCUGCCGUCGUCAGGGUACGGCACCACUCCAGGCAGCUCCAGCCUGUCAUCGCAAUGCUCGUCCCAGGAGCGGCUGUUGGCGGCGCAGGGCGCGUACGAAGCGCCGCGCGCUCCCUGCCCACACUGCCAACAGCAUCAGAACUCGCUCAACAGCUCACAGGGGUCUGGUAUGAACUGGGCGUCGCUGUCGGACAGCGGGGGCAGUGGCCACGCCCCGCGUGCGCCGUCGCCCCGCCCCGCGCCUAAGCGUGUACGCAGCCGCAGUCUCAGUUCGCCUUCUCGGUCACCAGGGGGCGGGUCAGGGGGGGAAGGUGCGCGCGAGGACGCCGUCACCGCCAUGUCCGCGCUCUUCGCCUCGCGCUUCCCCACCGCACAGAAACACAUGGACGAUAAAUUGCGAGGUCUUAUCGACGAGUUGACAGAACUUGACAAGAAGCCUGACCGGCCACCAAUAGAGAGAUUUGUGCAACGACAGGUGUUGGAGAUGGCUCGUGACUGCUUACAUAAGUCUGAGUCCAAGCAGGUGACCAGCUCAUACUUCUAUGACAUGGCGGACAGUUUGGACAGGCUGUUGGCUGAGACUCGUGAGAAGUCAGCUGAGGCGGGAGCGCAGGUUGCGCCACUGGUGACGCGGCUGGUGCUGGCGAUGGCGCGGCCGGCACGUCUGCUCGAGUGUCUCGAGUUUGACCCCGAGCGCUUCUAUCGCCUGCUGGAAGCUGCUGAGGGGCAUGCGAGACAGUCGCAGGGCAUAACGACGGACAUCCCGCAGUACAUAAUCCACAAGCUGGGGCUGUCACGUGACCCGCUGGCCGAGCUGCACGUCCCGCCCCCGCCGCCGCCGCCCCCGCAGCACUCCGCCUCGCCCUCCAAGGGGCGUGGUCGUCAGUCACCGCCGGGCGCGCCCCCUGGCGGUGCUCCGCCCUCCGAGAACGACUACCACGUCAUCAAACUUAUCUCAAACGGAGCGUACGGCGCUGUCUACCUCGUCAAACAUAAACUAACCAGGCAGAGGUAUGCCAUGAAGAAGAUCAGUAAAAACAAUCUGAUCCUGAGGAACCAAGUGGAGCAGGCCUUCGCUGAGAGAGAUAUCCUCAGUUUUGCUGACAAUCCUUUUGUGGUGACGAUGUACUGUUCGUUCGAGACGAAGCGCCAUCUAUGUCUGAUCCUGGAGUUCGUGGAGGGCGGGGACUGCGCCACGCUGCUGCGCGCCGGGCCCCUCCCACCAGACAUGGCGCGUCACUACUUCGCCGAGGCUGUGCUCGCUGUCGAGUAUCUGCACUCCUACGGCAUCGUGCACAGAGACCUCAAGCCUGACAACCUUCUCAUCACUGCGACGGGACAUAUAAAGUUGACGGAUUUCGGACUCAGCAAAAUGGGCCUUAUGUCGUUGGCCACAAACUUGUAUGAAGAGUACGCGGACCGCGAGGCGCGUCAGUUCUCCGACAAGCAGGUGUGCGGUACUCCGGAGUACAUCGCGCCUGAAGUUAUAUUAAGACAGGGUUACGGCAAGCCGGUGGACUGGUGGUCAAUGGGUAUCAUCCUGUACGAGUUCCUGGUGGGCUGUGUGCCGUUCUUCGGAGACACGCCUGAGGAGUUGUUCGCGCAUACUGUUAAUGACGAUAUAGAGUGGCCUUCGGAGGAAGAUUUUCCUAUUGCAAUUGAAGCUAGGACAAUCAUAACGGAACUGCUCGCCAGGAACCCGCGCGACCGCCUCGGUACUGGCGGCACUCAUCAAGUUAAAGAUCAUAUCUACUUCUACGGCCUGGACUGGAACAAUCUAUUGCGAAGAAAGGCUGAGUUUAUACCGCAACUAGAAAACGAUGAGGAUACCAGUUACUUUGAUAGUCGCUGUGAUCGCUACAACCACAGUGAGGCAGAUACAGACGAGGCGGGGGAGGGCGGGGAGCCGGGGGAGGACCCCCUCUUCGCCGCAUUCUCCUCCACCUCCCCGCAGUGGCGCAGACACUACCACCACUCACAUUCUCACUCUCACUCUCACUCUGUCAUCUCACACGACUCAAGGAGCACGGACAGCUGGCCGGGCACGCCGGACAGUGCGGGCCCGCCCACCACGCCCACCGCGCCCCACCACCACCCCAAGUGCCCCUUGGUGGGUACCGGCGGUGGUUCAACAGCGGAGUCCUCGCAGACGGACUCUGACGACGUAUCUCCGGCCGCACGCCGCCGCGCCGCGCUGCGCCCGCCCCCCCUCGCCGCGCACGCGCACCACGCCCACUCGCACGUCGGCCACGCCCUCGCGCACUCACAUACACACCCACAUCCGCAUCCACCCAUGUUGCCCAGGAUAACGGACACAUCAAAGCGAGAGGAGAAGGGAGCAGAUAGAGUGGACAAGCCGGAGAAGUCCAAGCCGAUAGCACUCGUCGCGCCUAAAGCCAUGCGCCGCUCCGCGAGCACGUCCGGUCUCUCGCUUGUUAUACAUCCAGCAGAGGAGAGUGGUGCGAUCGCGGGCGGGGCGGCGUCGCCGUGUGCGGGCAACACCUCCUCCACUAACUCGUCACGUGACUCCUCCCCCUGCCGGGACCCGCCCUCACCCUUCGCCAUCGCCAACCAUUCAUUGAUCCAGUCAUCUAAGCCGCCUAUCGUGGUACGUCGCGGUCCGCGCGGCUUCGGCUUCACGAUCCACACAGUGCGCGUCUACUACGGCGACUCUGACUACUACACCAUGCACCAUCUCGUCUCCGCUGUGAGUGAACAAGGCGCGGCGUGGGCAGCCGGACUGCGAGCUGGUGAUUUGAUAACACAGCUCAACGGAGAGUCCGUGCAGGGACUGUUGCAUACACAGGUGUUGAAGUUACUUUUGACUGCACCGCACGCCACACUGCGCGCUACGCCGUUAGACCAAACUACAAUUCAGGCGGGUGGGCGUCGCCGUGCGGGCGGUAGGCGGGCCUCCGCACCACCGCGGCCACGCCCCCGGCGUCGCUGUUCGUUGUUCCGUCGCAUCUCUACCAAACGCGCAUCGCAGGAGAUGCACCAGAUGGUGACCGCGGCUGGUAGUGGUGAAUGCUCCUCGUCCCCGGCCGCCUCGCCUGCAGCAGACAGCCCGCUGCACGCCAACACGCACUACCAGAGGCCGUCGUCUCUGCACGGUCUGAAGCACAAGCUGGGCGCGGGUGUGGGCGCAGGUGUAGGCGCGGGCGCGGGCGAGGUGCGGCGCGCCUCCCUCCAGCACAUGCCCCUCUCCCCACUCGCCCGCACGCCCUCGCCCUCCCCCCAGCCGCAGCCCGCCUCCCCCACCAGCCGGUGCGAGGCGCGCAGCCCCUCCCCGCUGGCAGCGCGCGAGUGCGGCCGCCGCGCCUGGCCCCGCCGCGACCCCGCCUCGCCCCUGCUGCGCCGCGCCCUCUCACCUGACAGAUUACACCCGCGAUCAGCUGAGCCGAAAUGCUCCAUUUCUCCACUCUGCUGCGGCGGGGGCGUGGCUGUGAGCAGUGGAGGCGGGGCCAGGAUCGCGGAGGAGAAGGACUCACCCACACACCACGCUGGACACUCUAAAUUGCCCACAAGCAGAACCCCAGCAAAGCAGAGUACUCCGAGCAUCUUCACGUCGUCACCGAAGAGUGUGGACAGAGGUGUGGCGGACGCGAACGCCUCUUUCGCUUCACUCUCUCUGUCUGAUGAAUCUUUUAUGGAGACAUCUAUUGAUACGUCGAAUAUGGAUACUUCUAGAGAAGUCUUUUUGGAUGACAGCAGAUCCAGUACAGAACCAAACGUGACUACAGAUAUAAGCAAGAAAACCACCACAACAUUUGAAACUGUGCCAUCAUCAAGUCAAACUGAUACACAUUCAAAGACCAGACAGACGCCAGAAACCAGUUCCAAAGAGGAAGACUUGAAGAAAGAUAAAAAUAAGGCUAAAGAGAAAUCAGAACUGAAGAAGCAAGACUCGAUAAAGAAAAUGGAGAUCUCAGAAAUUAAAGAAGAAAAGGCUGAAGUGAAAAUAGAAGAGAAACCAAAAACAGAGAAACCUAUGGAGAGAGUCGGCUCUAUGAAGAAAUCGGAAAAAGCUGAGGCGAAGAAAGAGAAACAAGAGAAGGCGGAAUUGAAGAAGCAAGAGAAGAUGGAAGCGAAGAAAAAUGAAUCUGCAAAGAAAUUGGAAGGAUUGAAGAGACAGGAAUCAGUGGAAAUCAAUAAGUCCCCGGAGGCGGUGGAGUGCAGCAGUGUGGGCGUGGUGGUUGUGGGCGGGGCGGAGGCGGGACGCGGCAGGAACAGCAUGGUGAGCAAGCUGCUGGGAGUGAUGGGCCGCAAGACACCGCGUGAUCGUGACGAUGAUGACCACAGACCAGCCAAGAAACAGGACAAGCACGCCAAGAAGAAGGGUCAAAGCAACCCUCCAACCCCACAAGUCGUGGUGGCAUUGCCUCCCAAACCGAACGAGCCUACAUUACCCGAACGAGUAAGCGAGAAGACUGACGUCGUUGAAGAUAAGAAGACGAAAAAGGGGCGUGGCCGCGCAUCUAGCUCCUCCUCCGGCGAGAAAUGAACCAAUAAACACAAAAAGGCGUGGCUGCGUGAGUAACGUCUGCCAAGCAAGAAACUAUUUAUACUAUUUUCGACUUUUAUACAAAACAACUAAACUCUUCAGCUUCUUGGAUGAUUCAGUACUUUUGAUAAGACAUUUUGGACCUUAUGUCUACACUAUAAGGUCGUAAUUAUCAAUUUGAACGAUUAACCAAAGAUUUAAUACGUAACAUCUUUGUGAACGAAAUCAAAUUAAGUUACAGUUCUUGAAAAAGUAAUUCACUGACUUUUCAUUCACUCAUUCAUUCAUUCGUCUGAAUGUCGACUAAUAAGUCGAUUUGACAUUGUUUCUCGUAAUAACAAUUAUAAAUAAUUAACCUUAAAAAUAAAUAAAGGCGCGUAAACUUGAAUGUAUACUUGAUUGACGUAAAAAGGUGAAAAUUUCAUUAUCAAACUAAUAUUAGUAUAAUUAUGUACUUACAUAUGUACAUAAUCUAUUUUUACUACUAUUUGUGUCUAUACGAUUUUAUUAGGGGCACGGAAAGUGCGACUAAUUUGUUUGGCCCGGUGUUUCGUUGUGUCAAUUUCUAUACUAUAGACAGACAAAUUUAACUGACCCGAUAGGCAGAAUUAAAACUAAAUUACAAUAGCUCACUAACGCCCCCUAUCAAUAUUAAAUAUCCCUGUUGUUUCUUGUCUUGUGUGUCUGUUUUCUAUGCUAAAGUACGCUUACACGAGUAUGCUUUCGUAUUUUCUGAUGAGUUAUCCUGUUAUCACCUCUCACCGGGCCAAAUAAGUUUGUAGGACUAUAAGCAAGUUUUUCUACUAAAUGUCUUCGGUGUUGUAUAUCAAUGUAAUAUUAGCUUUUUUUUAGUCUAAUUAGUGUUUAGCAGAAUUAUUGGACUAUUUUCAGCUGAUCUCUUUAUUAAUUUUGAGGUUAU